AUGUUAUAUAUAUUAUUUAUUAAAUGUAAAAAAAUUCUUAUCAUUAUUCUAGGAAUUUUAUUAAUAUAUACAGUUAAAAAAGUUAAUUCCGAUUUAUAUAAAUUACAUAAAUGUGAAAUUUCAUUAAAAAAGACAUUGGCAAGUAUAUUACAAAAUUCAAAUGAUAAGAAUUCAGUACUUCUUACACCAUUUCAUGAAACUAUUGCAAAAUUUAAAAAUGACUCUGAGGCAUAUCAACGUAUAAUGUGGGGAUGUUUUUCAAUAUUUCGUUUUGAAAAAUGUCUAUCUAUAUUAGAAGAUUCACAUUUAAAAAAUAUAAAAUUAGCAUCUAUAAAACAUUGGAAGGAGAUAUGUAAUUAUGCUCGAGAAAGAAGAGAAGAUUUUCACGAUUUUUUAAAUUGUGAAAGAAGGCAUAUCUUUAAGGCUAGAAAUCUUUGUACAAUUCCAUCAAGAAAUCAUAAUCAAACAACAUUAGAAAUUUUUUGUGAAGAUUUAUAUGAAUAUAAUAAAUGUUAUAGGAGUAUUGAUAAAAGAUGUGCAGAAAGUGCUCUUGAGUUAUCUUAUAUAUUGGAUGAAGCUGUCAUUGAAUCAUAUACAAAUGUUGUGAAAUUAGCAACAUAUGUUAUUAAAAUUCCUGGAACCUGUAAUUGGAUAAUGAAACCAAAUAUAAAAGAAAUAAGUAAAAAUAAGUAUAAAGAAUCAAGAGAAUCUAAGAAACAGGAAAAAAGUGUGUAUACAUUAUUGAGUAAAAAAAAUAUCACAGAUUUAAACUUUUUGUCAAAGAAAGAUGAUAUCAAAGAUAAUACUUUAAGCCUGUCAAAUGAUAAUAUUUUGAUUGAUAAACAUGACAAUAGACAUCACCAUACGGCAAAAAAAAAUAAUUUGUUGAUAACUACAACAACUGAAGCAAUUGAUACUUUUAAUGAUGAAGAGGAAUAUGAAAAUGAUUCAGUAUUUCAGGGUAACAAUACAAUAGAAAAUUCAAAUGAAGUUUAUAUUGAUUUUUAUGAAAGUAAUAAAACUUUAUCACAGGUUAAUUUUUCCACCACAAAAAUCAGUGAAACUUUAUCAUCAGAAAAAAAAUCCUAUGAUGAUGAGUAUCAUUAUAAUUCAGAUUGGAAGGUAAACUCAAGUGAUAUGAUAACACAAAUUGAAAAUACAUCAACAAAAAGUUCACUUUCUUCAAUUUUCGGGUUGAUUAAAAAUAAAUCAAAUUGUAUAUAUUUAAGUUAUCAUUAUAUUUUGUUAACAAUAAUAUUGUUCAUCUAA